AGCUGGGAGCCGUCUCCAGGCCCCGUCCCGAGCCUGAGGCGGGGCCCGCGCGGCCGGAGGAUCCCGAGCCUGUCCGGUGCCAAGGAUGUUCCCGCAGAACCGGCCCCCGGCCCAUCUCCAGGCACCCUCUGCUGCUUCGGGAGCUGCUGUCGCUGCCAGUGCCAUCCCCAGCACCCCCCAGUCCCUCAAACUGACUUACCCAGAGACCUUGGACCGCAUCAAGGAGGAAUUCCAGUUCCUGCAGAACCAAUACCACAGGUGGUUUUCUUGGCUUGUGCUGAGAGAUUGGAUUGAAGCUGAGAGCAGGAGGCUGAAGCAUGUGGUGCACUGGGAGGGCUCAAUGCUCUGUCCAGCCAGGGAGAUCCUGUCAGUGGGGGGACCAGGGGGGUCGUUCCCUCUCCCUUCCUCUCCUCUUUAUUUUUACAGCUUGAAGUUAGAAUGCGAAAAGCUGGCAACAGAAAAAACAGAAAUCCAGCGUCAUUAUGUCAUGUACUAUGAGAUGUCCUAUGGCCUGAACAUUGAGAUGCACAAACAGACAGAGAUCGCCAAGCGGCUCAACGUGAUCUGCGCUCAGCUCAUCCCGUUCCUGUCUCAGGAGCACCAGCAGCAAGUGGUCCAGGCUGUGGAGCGUGCGAAGCAGGUGACUAUGACCGACCUGAACGUGGCAAUUGGGCACCAGCUCCAGACGCAGCACCUCUCGCACCACACUCCCCCCAUCCCGCUGACCCCCCACCCCUCUGGGUUGCAGCCCGCUGGCCUUGCUGGCAUCAGCAGUGCCUCAGGGCUGCUGGCACUCUCAGGGGCACUGGGGGCCCAGGCCCAGCUCCUCACCAAGGAUGACCGAGGAGUCCCUGACACGGAGCCCAGGGCGACAGACCGAGACUCCGGCCCCAGCUCCCUGGCACUGCCAAAUGGGGAGCGGGCGCGAGCCAUCGCCGAGUACCUGAGCGGCAGCAAGAAGAGGAAGGUGGAGGAGAAGGACUUCGUUACAGACUAUGGCAGCGACGCAGACAAAAGUGAGGACAACUUGGUGGUGGAUGAGGACCCCUCUUCGCCGCACAGCGUCCACUCCUACUCGUCCCGGGAAAACGGGGUGGAGAAGGUCCCACUGGGGAGGAAGGAGGCCAUGCCGCUCAGCCCAACCUCCAUGGCCUCCUCCAGCAGCUCCCCAUCUCGGAGCAAGGAUGCACCCACGGUGGAGAAGGCAGGGACGCCCAGCCUGAAGUCCAGCACCCCCACUUCCCAGGGGGACACCACGGCCCCAGGCUCCGGCGGCGCCCAGCAGUUCCGCCCUGCUGCUGCCAAGGCCCCCAUAGACCCCCUGGCCCUGGGCCUGAGGAAUCCACUGGGAGUGCAGAGUCCCUACUCGGCUGCCUUUGGCUUGGCCCACCCUGCAGUCAACGGGGAUGUGGCUGGGACUGGCGCCUAUGCCAGCCUCCACCUCAUGUCCCCGCAGCUCAACGGGGCUGCAGCCGCCAUGGGAGCCAGCAGCUACGGACGCUCGCCCCUGGUGGGCUACGACCCACACCCCCACAUGCGCAUCCCAGGGCUGGUGGCCGGCAUACAAGUGGGGACCUCGGGGAAGCCUGCCUACUCCUUCCACGUCAGUGCCGACGGGCAGAUGCAGCCGGUGCCUUUUCCACCUGACGCACUCAUCGGCUCCGGCAUCCCCCGCCACGCACGGCAGCUCCACACCCUGACCCACGGCGAGGUGGUCUGCGCCGUCACCAUCAGCAACUCCACACGACACGUCUACACGGGGGGCAAGGGCUGCGUGAAGGUGUGGGACGUGGGGCAGCCGGGCACCAAGACAGCCGUGGCUCAGCUGGACUGCCUGAACCGUGACAACUACAUCCGCUCCUGCAAACUGCUCCCGGACGGCCGGAGCCUGAUUGUGGGGGGGGAGGCCAGCACCCUCUCCAUCUGGGACCUGGCAGCCCCCACACCCCGCAUCAAGGCUGAGCUCACCUCCUCUGCCCCCGCCUGCUACGCUCUGGCCAUCAGCCCUGAUGCCAAAGUCUGCUUCUCUUGCUGCAGCGAUGGCAACAUUGUGGUGUGGGACCUGCAGAACCAGACCCUGGUCAGGCAGUUUCAAGGCCACACGGAUGGUGCCAGCUGCAUUGACAUCUCCAAUGAUGGCACCAAGCUGUGGACAGGGGGGCUGGACAACACUGUGCGCUGCUGGGACCUGCGGGAGGGGCGGCAGCUGCAGCAGCACGACUUCAGCUCCCAGAUCUUCUCCCUGGGGUACUGCCCAACAGGAGAGUGGCUGGCGGUGGGGAUGGAGAGCAGCAAUGUGGAGAUCCUGCACGUCACCAAACCUGACAAGUACCAGCUGCACCUCCAUGAGAGCUGUGUCCUCUCCCUCAAAUUCGCCUCCUGCGGGAAGUGGUUCGUGAGUACGGGGAAGGACAACCUGCUGAAUGCCUGGCGGACGCCCUACGGAGCCAGCAUCUUCCAGCUGCGACGUCUCCACGGAUGACCAGUUCAUUGUGACUGGCUCGGGGGACAAGAAAGCUACAGUUUAUGAGAUCAUUUAUUGAGCACAAGAGGUGCCAACUGCGGGACAGGUGGACGUCCGUGUGGAUGGACAGGUGGACUCUAUCUGCCCUACUGCUGACUUCCCAAAGAACAUGCAGCCUGUGGCCACAGCAUCCCAGCUGGAGGAGAGCGGAGAGGGGUGAAGGUGGCCCUGGGACCGUGGCCAGGCAUCGUGGGCUGCUUGGGGUGGAUUUCCUGGGGACUUUCUCCUUGCUUUGUUCUUUGUCAGCUUCUUUCUAAAUCUAGACUAUGGGACUUGGAGGAGGGGGAUUCAUCUGGCAUUGUUAGGGCUUUUGUUGGGGUGGUUUUUUAAUUUUGUUUGGUUUUAACGGUUUGGGGGGGUGUAUUUUGUUGGGGGUCUGGGUCUGCUGAGGCGGAUGGGCUCUGGCCUCAUUUCCCUCUGUGCCUGCCAGGGUAUAUUUAAUAAUAAAAACAAACCAAAAAAAGGCAGCUGUGCCUUGUCCUGGGCAGUGCUCCACGGUGGUGGGAUGGAGCUAGGUAAGGAUGGGUGAGACCAGGGCAGCAGCCUCAUCCCCUUUGGCGACCACAAUUUGCUGCUCCUUUCCUGUGCCAGGGCAGGUCCGUGGCAGCUCUGCUGUUGGCAGGGCCCAGCCCUGGUCCUGAGUGGGGUGGGGAGACCCAAGCACAGCUGGCGGUGCAGGCACAGACCUGAGCGUGGCGGUGGCUCCGGUUGUUGGAGC